GCUCUGUACAAGGAGAACAGGCUGUCAGGCUUCUAUCGGAGGGAUCCAAAACAGGAGGUGACGAUCGUUGCCCUUCAACGACUGUACGAUGAGCUGGCUGCAGCGCUGCGGCCGAGAAGACCCAGCGGACUGACCGUUGUGGAGCAUGUGGGCCGCACCAAAAAACGCGCCUCCUGGUGGGAGGGCUUGGAGCGAAUGCUGGAUGGGGGCAGCAGCAGGGAUGAGCGGGGCCAGCCAGCUCCGCCAAAGGGCCUGUACAUGCAUGGCGGAGUUGGAACCGGCAAGACCAUGCUCAUGGAUCUGCUUGUUGGAUCGGCGCCGCCUGAUUUCAAGCUGCGGCGGUCGACGUUCCAUGACUUCAUGCUGGACGUGCACUCGCGGCUGCACCGGAACGAGCGCGCGGCCGACCCGCUGUCCUACGUGGCAGUGCAGCUGAUGGCGGACAUGCGCGUGCUGUGCUUGGACGAAUUCUUCGUGACCGACGUUGCCGACGCCACCAUGCUCAGCCGGCUGUUCGGCCAGAUGUGGGACCGCGGCCUCGUCCUGGUCGCCACCUCCAACAGGGCACCUGACGGGCUGUACGAGAACGGGCUGCAGCGGGACCUCUUCCUGCCCUUCAUCGCGCGCCUGAAGGAGCAGACGAUCGUGCACAACAUAAGCUCCGUUACGGACUACCGCCGUCUGGCGCAGCACACCAACGGCCUCUUCUACACGCCGCAGGAGUUUGCCGACCCGGACGCGGAAGCGGCCGCGCAUUUUGAGGCGCUCGCCGCGGCCUGCCACACGCCCAUCGGCCCUGCGGAGAUAGAGGUCAUGAUGGGCCGCCACCUGCACGUGCCCACUGCAGGCGGCGGCAUCUGCAUGUUCUCCUUUGAGGACCUGUGCGGCAGGCCAGUAGCGGCGGCAGACUACAUCGCGCUCGCGAAGAAGUACCACACGCUGGUCUUGCGAGGCGUUCCUGUUUUCACCGGCGCGAAUCGCAACGAGGCCUACCGGUUUCUGACCCUGGUGGACGUCCUGUAUGAGCACCACAUCCGCCUGGUGUGCUCGGCCCAGGACGACCCCAUCGACCUGUUCCAGCACAUCCUCACGCGCGAGCAGCUGCGCGAGUCGCAAUCAUCUCAGGAUGAGGUCAUUGUGGAUGACAACCUGGGAUUCUCCAAGGACCGCUGCAUCAGCAGGCUGACGGAGAUGCAGAGCUUUGAGUACUUGAUGGCCCACGCCAAGAAGCACGCCCCAGAGCUGCUGCUGGCCCUGCAGGAGGCUGCCGCCAAGGGUGGCGAGGCCCAGCAAGCUCAAUUGGGCAAGUGAAGGCGGUUCAAGCCUUGGACUUGCAAUGAUGACGUCAGGCUUUCCAGGAGACCAGGAAUGUGUUUUCAGUGUAUAGGAAGUGUAUAGGAAGUGUAAAUUAAAAACAUGGCUGGCAGCUUGUCCGCGUAUGUUGAGCAAGGUUGCUCCAGACUUACCAGGACAUGCAGCUCAUGGUUAUGUCGAUGCUACUAUAGGACACAAGACAUUUUUAUGCCAGAAAUAUGAUUCUAUAUAACAGAGGUGUAUUUUGCACAUGCUACUCAUAGAGUUGACCGAUUUGCUGCCUUGUGGAAAUCAGAACAGACCACACUGUGGGCCAUCAUUCCGAAUGAGGAAUCCAAGAAAGACCGCGCCUGGAGUAUUUAUCCGCAGUGGCAUGAAUCUCCAAAUAUGCAAUCAAAGAAAUUGUUGUUAGAUGUGCCCAAGUGUGUAAGAUUGUAAUAACAGAGCGGUCCCC